UUCAUCAACCUAUUUUCCCGUUUUAUCUUCCAAGAAAGUUUCAUGGCUACUAUCUGCGAUGUAUUUCUGAGUUUCAGGGGUGAAGACACACGUCAUGGAUUCACAGGUCAUCUCUAUGAUGCUCUUUGCCGCAACGGAAUCAGCACCUUCAUCGAUGAUGAGAAUCUCAGAACAGGAGAAACAAUUCGACCUCAACUCCUUCAAUGGAUUGAAGCAGCAAAGAUCUCGAUUAUUGUUUUCUCAACAAACUAUGCAGCUUCAACAUGGUGCCUUGAUGAACUCGUCAAGAUCCUGCAAUGUCGCAGGGAAAGGAACCAACUUGUGUUUCCAGUCUUCUACAAAGUAGAGCCCUCAGAUGUACGGCAUCAGAGGAACACUUACAAGGAAGCCGUGGAUGCUCAUGAAAUCAGGUUUGGUUGUCACUCUCAGAAGGUGAAAGAAUGGAAGGAAGCUUUGGCCGAAACAUCCAACAUGAAAGGCUUUCAUUUGAAACAAGGGUAUGAAUUCGAGUUUAUUCAAAAAAUUGUAAGCAAGGCAUUGACUUGUGUACCUCCAAGACAACUACUUAUUGGGGAUCAUAUGGUUGAAUUGCAAACUCGAGUUGUAGAAGUGGAGUCACAUCUAUAUUCUAAGUACAGGACAUUAUCCAAUGGCGAAUCACCCAAAAGAAAGCACUACAAUAACAAUACCAUGGUGGGGAUUGUUGGAAUUGGUGGGAGUGGAAAGACGACGCUUGCCAAAGCCUUGUAUAACUCCAUCUGCGACCGGUUUGAAUGUGCUUGUUUUCUUUUCAAUGUUAGAAAAAUUUCAGAUCAAGAAGAGGGCCUAGUACGUCUACAGCAAACGCUCCUCUCGAAGUUGCUUGGGGAGGGGGAAAUCAAGGUCCGCAGUGUUGAGGAAGGAAUCAGUAUGAUCAAAGAGAAACUUAGCAAAAAAAGAGCUCUUAUUGUUCUUGAUGAUGUCGAUAAGAUAGAACAAUUAAAAGCAUUGGCAGGAGAAUGUGAUUGGUUUACAGGAGAAUGUGAUUGGUUUAGUUACGAGACUCGAAUUGUUAUAACAACAAGGGAUAAAUAUCUUUUAGCAGCUCAUGAAGUCGAAAAGAUUUACGAGACGAAAUUGCUAAGUGACCCUGAAUCUCUAGAGCUCUUCUGUUGGAACGCCUUCAAAAUGACAAGGCCCAAAGCAAACUAUGAAGAUCUAUCCAAUCAAGCAAUACAUUAUGCUCAAGGCCUCCCAUUAGCCUUAAAGGUUAUAGGCUCUAAUUUGAUUAAUAAAAAUUUAGAAGAGUGGAAGUCUGCUUUGGACAAAUAUGAGAAGAAUCCUCCUAAAGACAUUUGAGAAGCAUAUAUAGAUUCUCCACUGAAAAUAAGAAAGCUGGCAUGCUCUAAUUGUUAUGACAAGAAUACAAGAGGUGAUCAAUUCUCUUUAGCCACCACGCCACCAAAUAAUUUUUAGAUUUGUUCAAAACUUUGUUUUUACUUUUUGAAAUUUUUAUUGGU